UUUUUGAUCGCCUCGGGAUUUGCCAUACCCGUUUCAAAAUUUCCACCAUGCCUUCAGAGGAUACAAAAGAAACAAUAGCAAAAGUUGUCGAGCUUGGACGAGCCGUGCUUCAUUAUGGCUGGAUACCUCUGAUUAUCUACGUCGGCUUCACUCGAAGCAACCCGCAGCCAUCUCUAAUCAAGUUCGUGUCUUUAUUCUCGGAGGAAAGAGCCUUUCUGACUGUCCUGCAGACUGAUCAGCCCGCUGGCGUAAUCCUCCAAACGAGGCCUUUGUACAUAAUUUUUGUCGCUAUCAAUCCUAUUUAUAUCUACCAUUCGUCGAUGAGAGGCAAGGUUGUAUGGAAUCCAUACGAAGGCCGUUGAACAAGAAUUCGUGGCGUUUGACCCGCUCGAAGUAUCAUCGAACGCUAUCUUUAUUAGACCCGGUCCAUUCUAUCGGCUUCACCAAUGCCCAU